ACAUGUAGACAGACCAUGGACCAUAUUCAAGACCUAUCAGCCUUCCAAGGGGCGAUUUUAUCAGCAGAUAAUUGCCAUUCCUUUUCAAAGUUGAUUUCAAGAGGAGGUAAUGAAGAAAAAGUAAAAUAUGUUCUUGAGAAACUUUCCAAAUUCUUGAAUGAGAAAAACUAUAUCAAUGAAAAUGGAGUGGUCCAAGAAAGACUGGAUGAAUAUAGGAAACUGGCAUUGUACAUUGCUUUAAAUGCCGACCUGCCCAUUCUUGAAGAGAUGACAGAAAUGGAAGGCAUGCAGAUGGUUAUUUGGAUGAUCCCCACUGUGCCCAAGUAUCUUUUAUAUGAGAUAUUCUUUAAUCUCCACAUGCAGCAAUUUCUGUAUGAGGUAAUAUCAUUUUGCAACCCUCAUCUGGCCUUGCAAGUAGCAGAUGCAUUUAUUGUCAACAUGAAAUACUUGAAUCCCGUGGAUCAACUUGAUAGGGUCCGUAUAGUAGCAGCGGCUCUGUACAGGCUGAUCUGUAGACUGCACUUUUACCAUGACGGUAGUGAUGGAGAAUUGCUGACAGAUGCCUUAAAUAACUUCCAGCUGUGUAUCAAUAAGUUUACAAACCCUCCUAAUGCAGAUAAGGUUCUGAACUUGCCCAAAGAUGAUCAAUACAAGUACCUAGGAAGAAGCCUUAGUAUCAUGCUAAACUUGAUUGAGGAAUGUAUGCUGCACUUCACAAGUAAGCAAGAGUUUGAGACUGAAGGGUUUAAUGAGAUUUAUUUGGGCACACACAAUCCUGAAAGUAUUUCAACAAAAACAUUGAACUUCAAAAUCUGUGAUAGUCCAAAUGAUGCAAUACUGCAGUGUCUAAAUAAAUGCCACAUGUUAUUGCUGGAUGACUGCACCACUCAAGUUAUGAGCGUCAGUGUUGAUAUUUUCUGUGCUUGGAGUGAAUAUGAAGAGAACGGGAAAAGCAUACAGCAGAGUAUUGGAGAGCUCUGCUUUAAACUCCGCUCAAUACUUCAGGGCAUUCCUGACAUUUGUGAACACACUCUUGUUGGUAUGCUAAAACAGAUAUCCAGAGAACCUUUGAAUCACAAAGACAUUAUCAAUGAAACAGAUAUUGAAGUUAUUGUAGAGAAAAUCAAUGCUCACAAUGAAGAAAGCCCUUCAUGGCUCAGUGCCUUGCUGUAUAAAGAUGAUUUGUGUCAAAAUUUAACACUGCUGCUUCUUCUUGAAUCAAACAUAGCACUGUUAAAACAGGAACAAAGUCACACAUUAUUUGAAAAGAUCAUUGAUCAUUUGCAUGAUGACCAGGAAAACAGUGAAUAUUUGAAAGUUCUAGCUAUAAAAGCAUUCCAUCAGUGCAAUAAUGCUGUUAAAGACGAAAUCAUCACAAACCAAUUCAGUGACAACCUCCAUGAUAAAAUGGAAAAUGGUGAUUACACAACCAUGAUGACAGAGAUAUUCAACAAGCUCACUGUCUCUGAUGAUGCUGAUCCGUCAGAUAUCUUGACAGUGUUCCUUCAGAAUCCUAAGCAAACAUUUAUGAAAAUAUUUAAAUUAGCAGCAGAGAAUGAGAAACAGACUGAUAUUAUGUUAAGAGUUAUGGAAAGCUUAGAGAAGUAUAGCAAUUUUUACUACAGGCAAGACACAGAACCAUGUAUCAUUAAAGUCUGUAAUAUUGUAUUGGAGAGUUCUUUAGACACGGAUGUAAAGCAGAGUAAUUUUGUAAAUUUUAUCAGUAAGCUCAAACAGCGGAAUAUUAUUCCAGGGAAUAAGUUAUUAAUGUUAAUAAUAAUGCCAAAUUUGCACAAAGGGUUGAUAAACAAGAAUGUUAUUGGUGUGAAUGUCCAAAUUAAAUUAUUGAUGGCAGCUUAUACUAUUGAGGAGUUACUGGAAUUCAGAGCACCAAUGUUGGCGAUGUUGGCUCAAGUCUUAGAAAUAGUAAGGUGGAAGUUCACUUCCUUCGAAGCAGCAAUGCCGCCUACAUUGGAGUUGGCUUUGAAGUUGCAGCAAGAGAUAUUUAAUACUUAUGAAGCUGAAAUACCUGAAAAAGAACUGAAAUGGCUAAAAAGCAAACUGAAGAAUCUGCAGCCUCUGAAUAUGUACUACUAUCGCAAGCUCUGGGACCCUCCUGGCAGCACUUUCAUUGAGGUCAUCACUGGACUUCGCAUCCGGAAGGAGAUGGAUGUAGAUCAAAUCACAUCCAUGUUGUUACAAGUAUUAUGCUCCAUGACCUAUCAGGAGAUGUCAGAAAUAUAUGACGGCUUGUCAGAAUUUGGUGAUGACACCACCCUGGAAAUUCUGCAAGAUGCUGUGUUGCUUGUCACAGUUGCAGAGAAGUCAAACAGGACGGAUAUUUCAUGGGCUUGUCUGCUCAAUUGCUAUAGGAACUUCAUUAUUACUAUAAAGAACAAAUAUUUCAAGGAACCUCUCGCCAACGACCAAGUAAUGAACGUCGUGCGAAAACUAGUGAGGAUCGUCAAUAUAGUCGAGGAAAAAUAUGUUAACGAAUUCGCUGCUAUAUUAAUGCCACUGCUGUCAUACAUUGCUGAGAAAAGAAGUGAUUACUCCACAGAAAUUGCCUAUUACAUACAAGAGAAAGUGAAAAAGACACAGUUUUCUACAAUACUCAAUCAAGUUUUCAACACUGCAUAAUGUUUACGCAAAUUCUUGGGUCAGCCAUUGUCAACCUUAGGGGCUAUGAAGAUGGUAUUUUGAUCGAUCCCUGAAGCGCAAAGGCGAAGUUGGCAAGGUUAUUAUUAUCUAUAUCAAAACCAAGAAACAGAAACGCCCAUUGGGCCGAAAUUAAGUAUCGCUGCCUUAGGCUAAGUUGAUGAUUGUUCUCUGAUCUAUGAUAUGUUACUCAUUUUCAUUUUUAUGCUUUGUUUAUUUGAAAGAACAAGUCUUAAAAAUGUGUUAUGUUUUGUUAAGUUUGAUACUUGUUUAGAAGUGAAAACUUUAUGCUUGAGUGCAUAGUAUAAAUACUAUGUUAUGUGUAUAAUUCACUUUAGAUUGUAUUUCUAAGUAGACAAGACAAAGUUUUUUUUUUGUUUUUAUACCUUUCGUAAAAUUUGGAAAACAUUGUAUUGCCGAAAUACCUUGAGAUUUGACUUACACAUAUGUAUAUAUACCACUCAUUAUUGAUGAGCCGGGUCCACACAGCGCGGCUCGUCGCGAGGCCAUAUGCUCGCGCGGCAAACGUCCAAUGCAGACGUGCCUCAGCCUAGACAAGUUGCUCGGCCGAGCAAAACGCGCGCACUGCCUCGGUCGUGGCACGCCUGCGGCAAUUAUCUCGCUAUGUGUGGACCCCCUCUAGCACAACUUGUCGCGCGCGAGUCCUUACUUGAAGUCGCGCUUGAUGUAUGGGCUCGCGUGUGACAAGGCAAGUUGUGCUAAAGAGUGGGAUGGCUAAUAGGAGACAUUAAUUUAAGAGCGACAUGUGUAUUGAACAGGAAAGAACCCUAUAGAUUAGUAUAUAUAAAUAAUAUUAGUCUAAUAGUCAAGUCGAGGACCCCUGAU